GGGUGUAGCAUGCCAGUUUCUCCAGAAACUGAAGAGAAGGGAUGUCACGCCCAAAAUCGCCAGUGCAUCUUUAGCUAAUUUUCCAGACCGUAUUAUUACUGUCAUUCAAUUCUCAUCGUUGGAAGCCAUGGAUUUUCCCAUUUUCCAGUUGCGAUGCGCACUAGUCCCAACAGAACAUAUAAAAUAGUCCUUCUCCUUCUGUAGUUCCUGGAAAAACCUCUCACGAACCUCGUAGGAAAAGGAAGAAAAAUCACAUCUUUUUCGUCUCCUCCGACGAUGGAUCCCUCCUUGGAGCAGAGGCUGAGAGACGAGGUUGUCUACCUCCACUCCCUGUGGCACCAAGGCCCUCCUCCAAACCCUCCUCUCCCCGACCACUCUUCUUCACGACCCAUCCCCAUUUCAAACCCCACGCCUUUCAAGAAACAGAACUCUGCCCCCGCCAAGAAGAAGAACAAGAAGACGGGCCAGAAGCACGAGACUAGCGAAGAACCGAAGCAACCCGGGAAAGAGUGGCCGUGCGAGGAAGAACCCAUCACCCAGCCCUCUCCCGCAUGGCCCCCCAUGGAGCAGAAGGAGCCCGAUUCCGGCCAGAAGUCCCGGUCCGCCUCCGCCGAGGAGCAAGCCAAGAUGGUCGCGCAAGUAAUGCAGCAGAGGGCUGUAGAGCAAUGCCGCAGUAUUUUUGCAAAAGUCGGCGAUUCUGAUGGCGACGAGGAGGAGGAGGAGGAGGAGGAGGAGGAUGGAGAUGGAGAUGAAGUGGAGGAGGAUCGUGUGGAGGGCGAUAAUGGCGGGUUAGAGGAGAGCAAGGAGUACAAGUUUAUGUUGGACGUGUUUGUGAAAGAUAGGGAGUUGAGGGAGUAUUACGAGAGGAAUGACGAGAGCGGGGACUUUUGGUGCUUUGUGUGUGGCGCGCGAGGGGGUAAGAUGAGUGGGAGGAAGUUCAAGAACUGUUAUGGGGUUUUGCAGCAUUCGAUCAGCAUCUCCAAGACGAAGAAGAGGCGGGCUCAUAGGGCUUUUGGCUUGGUCAUUUGUAGAGUCAUGGGUUGGGACGUUGAGAGAUUGCCUCUUAUUGUUGCAAAGGGCAAGCCGCUGAGUCACUCUUUGGUGGGUCCGAGUUUAUUGCAGCAGACAGUUUCUGAAGAAGAUAAUGCUACAAAGUCCAUUGAAAAUCAUGGCGAGGAAAUUUCAGUACCAGGGAUCAAUGGAGAAGGGAAGACUGAUGGCCCAGUAAGAGAGAAGACUGCUGCCAAAAAAGAUGAUUCCACGGGUGUAAAAUAUCUAAACAGGGGAAACAUAGAUGCCGGAGCUGAUGAAGAGAAAUUGCUACAGUGCUCUGAGUCUGUACCGUUGCCAACCUCCAGUGUUGAUUGGCCCUGUGGAAACCUUGUUGACAGUUCUGACACAGCAGCAUCGGGAUGGCGUUCCUUUAAAUCUCUAUCAAGUUGCUCAGUUUUGACUGUGGUGAAAGGGGAAUCCGAGACGUGGCAUCAGAAGGUUUUUCAAGCUUGUCAUGCUUUUUUCCGAUGCAGAUCUGGUUCAGAAAGUGAUGGUGAUGAGGAGGCUGAUGAUGAAGAUGAUGAAGAAGAAAAUGAUGGCGAUGAUGAAGAUGAAGAUGAUCUCUUGGAUGGGGAUGUCGGUCGGGAAUGUGAAGUCAUUAAGUUCUUUAUGAAGCUGUUUAUGGAGAAUCCUGAAUUAAAGAGUUAUUAUGAGAGUAAAUAUGGAGAUGGCGAUUUCUGUUGUUUGGUUUGCGCUGGUGUUGGAAACAAGCCUUGGAAGAGGUUCAAGGGGUGUAAUGGGCUUCUUCAGCACUGCACUACUAUUUGGAAGAUAAAGAAGCUGGCUCACAAGGCCUAUGCAAGGGCUAUUUGCAAGGUUCUCAAUUGGGAUAUCAAUUGUUUUCCACCAAUUAAGAAUACUUCAGAAGCUCUUGGUCACUGUUUAGUUCAGUCAGGUGAUAUGCAGGGUGGCGGUACAGAGAAAAUCAUUGUGUCCAUAAAUUGUCCGGACGCUAAUGAUUCUAUGUCAAUACCAGUGUCCAGCAUCAAAUGGCCCUGUGAAAGCCCUGUAGACCGUGCUGGCAUGGCAGCAUCUGAGUGGCCUCCUUUUAAGUCUCCAUCAACUUCUGCGAAUCACUCAGAUUUGGCUGAGGAAAAAGGAGAUUCUGAAAGCUGGCAUCAAAAGGUCCUUGAAGCUUGCCAUGCUUUUUUCAAUUGCAUGUCUGGUUCAGAUAGUGACGGUGAGGAGGAGGCUGAUGAUGAAGCAGAAGAUGAGGGUGAUGAUGAUGAAGAAGUGUUGCAUGGGGAUGAGGACGGGGAAUGCGAAAUUGUACAGUUCUUUACUAUGCUGUUCACAGAGAAUGCUGAACUGAGGAGUUACUACAAUACUAAAUAUAGAGAUGGUGAUUUUGGUUGUUUGGUUUGUGCUGGUGUUGGAAAGAAGCCUUGGAAGAGGUUCAAGGGGUGCACUGGGCUACUUCAGCAUUCCACAACAAUAGGGAAGACGAAGAAGAGGGCUCACAGGGCUUAUGGAAGAGCUGUAUGCAAGCUUCUUGGUUGGGAUAUUAAUAAAUUUCCAUCCAUCGGAAAUAGUCUGGAAACUCUUAAUCACUCUUCAGUUCAACCAACCGAUACGCUGGGGAAUGGUACUGACACACCUCCAAAAGAUGAUGCUACUGCCUGUCAAGAUAUUGGUGCAUAGAUGCUUUGAGAGGUUAGCAACCAGCACAACCUUGAAAGGCAAUUAGGUGUUACUGUCAAUAGUCAGUAGUGAAUGGCUUGAACAAUCUUGUCUUUGUGGAUUUUAUCUUCUUUGGCAUUCGCGUAAUUAAGCUGUGAAUAUACAACUUACAUGUGGUCUUUGCCAAAUUUAGAUGACUAACUUACAAUUUGGGAAGUGGAAAGUAACACUGUGCUUGUGUGCUUUCCCCGUUACACUUUGCUCAAGAGUCAAGACUUCCCUGAGAACUCGAGACCUUGACAGUCGAUUGUUCAGAUUUCGUUGGCUUAUCCUCCAACUUACAGGGUGGCAUGUAAGGGUUCAUACUUUGCUGUUCCAUUGACUUUAGACGGCCAAUGUGACCUUUCCCUGUGCAAUUUGGAUGUUAAACUUGAAGUCGUGUCCCUCCAA